AUGGCAGCUCCUGUGGAAGAUAUUGCAAAUGAUUUGCAAGAAUUUCAGGAAUUAAUAGGCAGUGAUUCUGUCACUUUUGAGGACUUUGUGUCUGUGGAUGACAACGUGGCAACCACAGGAGUACAAAGUAUUGAGGAGCUGACUGCAGCGAGAAGCUUGGAGAAUAAUAGUGGUAGUGAAAAUGACAGUGAGAAGGAAGAUGACCCUGUUCCCUCAUAUACUAAGGCAGCUGAAGCCUUUGAAACAUUCAGGAGAUAUAUGAUGGCCCAUAGACUUGAGGACAGAACAGUAGUUCAACUUGCUCAUUUGGAGCAAGAAAUGAUUACCAUAGAGUCUAAGAGAAUAGAAAACAAACAUGCUUGCUUGAAUAUUUAA